ACCUCUAGGGUUGCGACUAUUAUCAUCCACGCAGGGUGACGUCUCACCGAGAACUAUUCUCGGUGUAAUCCUCCCAUCUACAUACACACUCGGAUACUCGCAAGGUGGGAAUACUGAAGCUUUCUGCUCGGACUGAUGUUAUUCUAGGGUCACCCGCAACAACGAAUCUCCGUCUCGCAAACCACCCCUCCAUCCCACUCACAUGGACACCCAUCCAUGUCCAUCCCGACCGACCAUUUCCUUACCUCAUGCACGCCGGGCCCCGGAAAAGCCAGACCAAUCGCGCUACCCUAUGACGAUAACCUCCCCUCCCCGGCCAUCAACUCAUCCCGUCCGCUUCCCGUCCGAGCCUCUGCGUUUCCACCCCCAGCCUCAGCCCAUUGCCGAAAGCCCGGAAAGAUGCGGGAUUGUGUCCAGCUUCCAUCCUUUGUCCGCCCAAAAUCGACUCUGCACGCCUUCAAAACGCCCCUCGACGAUAUUCUUGCCUCGGCACAAUCGUCCCCCCCAAGGCGCGAUACCUUCUUUCAUUGCCGGAAGAAUUACCCACGCUUCGGCUCAUCUCGUGUCUCUGAUAUCGUGCCUCUCCACUUCCAAGAACUCGCCUGUCCACCUUCCGGCGCAAGCACGAGCUCGAAUCUCGAAUCUCGGGUCCCAACCACGAGCUUGCAUAUGCCAUGUCAUGGCUUCGCGAUCUUUUCAACAACUGUCAACCAAUGAAUGGUGUCGAAUCUUGGAAUCUCUUCAAGCUCGUCUAAUCAGUUUUACCGCCGUCUUGACCAAUAUCUAGCACUCGUCAUCUUCGCCAGUGUUCUAUCCCGGGAAACGCUGGGCCACCUCGGCCAUCUCUCCGGCCUUGCCAUGUCCUCAUUAGCGCCAUCAAGUCAUGGGUAUGUAUCUGUUUGUCCUCCUCUUUCUCACUUCGCUAUAUACGAUCUCCCGCUCCAGAAUAGAGCACC